AUGACUGACCAGCUGCUUAACAAGCUGUACAACAUGGGAGUGAUACCCACACAGAAGAGCCUCAAUCUAUGCGAUAAGCUCUCCGUCUCCUCGUUUUGCAGACGAAGGCUGGCAGUGGUGAUGGUUCGAUUGAAGAUGGCGGAGCACAUGAGGGAGGCAGUAGCGUUCGUGCAGCAGGGCCAUGUUCGCAUUGGCCCCGAAGCUGUGAGGGACCCGGCCUUUCUGGUGACGAGAGCGAUGGAGGAUAUGCUGACGUGGGUGGAUACGAGCAAGAUCAAGCACAAGAUUCUCCCUGUUUUUGCUGCUUCAGCCAUGGCGCAUCAGCUUCGGCGAUCUGACCGGCUGCUGGCCGUCCGAUCCGCCGCUCGCAUCUUUCUCCAAAUCCCGUCGCCUCCCGGCAUCACCCCCGCGGCGCCCGCCGUUCCAACCCAUCUUCCCCACGCCCUUCGCCCGAUCGUACGCGACAUUUGCCACGUGGAAGGCAGCGGGCAGGCCAGAUUGAUCCAAUCCCGUCCCGUCCAAUGGGGAGUCGACAGGUGUCGUCGUACUCCUACGCCCCCUUCCGCCGUGUUUGCGCCCUUGCGCCGUUUGAUUUCCGCUCCCCAUGCGCCUGUGGGUAGCAAGCGCAGUUUUUCCGCCGCCACAUCUCCCCCGAUCCCGCCGGCCUCCGCCCCGAUCGCUGGCGGAAGCAUUGGCGGAAGCGCUGGCGGAAGCACCGGCGGAAGUUCUGGCGGAGCGGGCGGGCGGAAGGGGGGGCGGGGAUUGGUGAGCGUGAUAACGGCUGCCGCUAUAGCGGGCGCGGCGGGAGGAGCGUAUUAUUGGUGGGAGACAGAAGCAGCGAGAUUUGGACCUGGUCCCGUUAUAAUCACACCCGAUACGAAAGUAGGCUCGGAAGAAAAAGUUAAGAUAUCGAGUCCUGCGGCAGACUUGGGGACUGGGGGAACGAGGGCUGGAGAUACGAAAACGGAGGGCAAAGAGGAGGGGAAGGAGGGGGAAGGAGAGGAGGGGAAGGAUGGGGAAGGAGAGGAGGGGAAGGAUGGGGGAGGAGAGGAGGGGAAGGAUGGGGGAGGAGAGGAGGGGAAGGAUGGGGGAGGAGAGGAGGGGAAGGAGGGAGGAGUAGAUAUUGGGAGGGAGAGGGGAGAAGGGGGGGGAAGGAGGAGGCGGGAGAUGGAAGGGGGGAGGGAGAGGAGGGUGCGAGAGAGGGGGCAAGUGUGA